AUGGAUGCAUGGGGGGGCCCCGCGCCCCGCUGGAUCCGCCGCCGCGGGGCCCGGCUGCUGCUGCUGCUGCUGACCGUGCGCCUGGGGAGCGGAGCUGAUAAAGCAGAUGAUGAGGAUGAUGAAGAUCUAACGGUGAAUAAAACAUGGGUCCUUGCACCAAAGAUUCAUGGUGGUGAUGUAACUCACAUACUGGACUCCUUACUUCAAGGAUAUGACAACAAGCUUCGGCCAGAUAUUGGGGUGAGAACUACGGUAAUUGAAACAGAUGUCUAUGUUAACAGCAUCGGUCCAGUUGACCCAAUCAAUAUGGAAUACACUAUAGAUAUAAUUUUUGCCCAGACUUGGUAUGACAGUCGUCUAAAAUUUAACAGCUCAAUGAAGGUGCUUAUGCUUAAUAGCAAUAUGGUUGGAAAAAUCUGGAUUCCAGACACUUUCUUCCGGAACUCAAGGAAAUCUGAUGCUCACUGGAUUACAACUCCCAAUCGUUUGCUUCGAAUCUGGAAUGAUGGAAGAGUAUUAUACACUCUAAGGUUGACAAUUAAUGCUGAAUGUUAUCUUCAGCUUCAUAAUUUUCCAAUGGAUGAACACUCCUGUCCUCUGGAGUUUUCAAGCUAUGGAUAUCCCAGAAAUGAAAUUGAAUACAAAUGGAAGAAAACCUCUGUUGAAGUGGCAGAUCCAAAAUACUGGAGAUUGUAUCAGUUUGCAUUUGUGGGGCUACGAAAUACAACUGAAAUUUCUCAUACCUUGUCUGGUGAUUAUAUUAUUAUGACCAUAUUCUUCGAUCUCAGCAGACGUAUGGGAUAUUUUACUAUUCAGACAUACAUUCCUUGUAUACUCACAGUUGUUCUUUCAUGGGUGUCAUUUUGGAUCAAUAAGGAUGCAGUUCCUGCAAGGACUUCUCUGGGGAUCACAACAGUGCUGACCAUGACAACGCUGAGUACAAUUGCUAGGAAGUCACUCCCAAAGGUUUCCUAUGUGACAGCAAUGGACCUUUUUGUUUCAGUUUGCUUUAUUUUUGUGUUUGCUGCCUUGAUGGAAUAUGGCACCUUACAUUACUUUACCAGCAACAAAAAGGGGGACAAAGGAAAAGAAAAGAAGGCAAAAUCUAAGCCAUCAAAACCACCUGCAAUUGCUGUUCGACCUGGAUCAACACUAAUUCCAAUUAAUAACAUUAAUCAUCUCCCUGAACGUGAUGAUGAUUACGGAUAUGAGUGCCUAGAAGGAAAAGACUGUGCUAGUUUCUUUUGUUGCUUUGAAGACUGCCGCACAGGAUCUUGGCGAGAAGGAAGAAUACACAUCCGUAUAGCAAAAAUUGACUCCUAUUCUCGAAUCUUCUUUCCAACUGCCUUUGCAUUGUUCAAUCUUGUUUACUGGAUUGGCUAUCUUUAUCUGUAA